UACUGUAUGUAUGUAGUUUAUCAUGUUGCCAAUAUAAAAUAAGAAUUUGGGCACGCGGGGUGAAAAUACUGGAUUUCGGCAUGCUGUGAGCUUCUGCGUGCAUGGCGCGCCUGCGCACUGUGCGCAGUGACGUUCUUUUUCAACUGUCGCUCCGUCAGCCAUGUUAGAUAAUGCGGCUUUCUGCCUCAGGUGAGUGAAAAUAAUUAAAAUACUUCUAUAAUAGUAACUUUUUUCCCCACCUUGCUUAAGAUUGUUUUGUGUUAGCUGUCCAAGAAGUUGUUGUUGUAUUUUUUAUUAUGUUGUCUCCAUGUUUUGUACCCCAAUUCAAAUACACGGCCCGCUAGCUAACGUUAGUGCAUUUGGCGCGUUUUUUGUAAAGCUGUGUUGGCAGAAUUGUUAAUAAUACAUUUUAAGUGAAAGACAUAUUUGUAUUGAACGUUGAGUAUGAACUCAUUAACCUUACCGUCCCUUCACAAUUGGAAUGUUUCAUAUUCAACAACACAAACACCGUAAUCUACCUUGCGCGCCAUUUUGUGCUACGUUGCCUGACGAGUCACUGACUAUUUAAAAUGUACAUUUUUAUUGUUAUACACUGUUAGUUUUCUCAUUGUGAGGUGUAUAUAUGGAUACUUUUUUUUUCUUUUUUUUAGAUGAUGGAUGUCGAGGAACAAAUUACAGUUACUCUAACAAUUUUACACAGAGUGCUUGCAACUGUCUUCAUAGACGGAAAGGAAAUAUGGAGAAAACUAUUCACAGUUGGAAUAUCGGAGAACUGAUAGCCUCAGCCAAAACUUAGCUGUCUCAACAAGCUGUCUUGAUCGAAUACUGAGAUUUGACACAGAUUUUCAAGAAUUCAUUGACACUGAUGUGAAUGCCGGAGUGCGGGAGCUUGACAAAUUUCAAAUACAUUAUAUUGCAAGCAACACCCAGGAUUUAUUAGAAGGAAGUGUUCAACCAUUACAGGUAAACCAUUAAUGUAUUUCACUCUCUAUAUUACUAGUGGUCAAAGUAAACAUUUAGAUAAAUGUUUUUGUCAUUUCUUAGUGUCAUUCAACAGAUGUAACUCAGACUGGCACCACAACUAGAUUGCUAACACUGCUUGAAGAAAAAGCCCCUACAAUCCUGAGAGAACACGAAGAGACAAAGACACUUUCUAUUUCCUCUAGAAAGUUUCUUGUUAAAGUUGCUGUCAGUGACCUCGUUGAGAAACAUGGAUUCUAUCCAUCUGGUACAGAAAAGCUGGCACUAGCUAAGGAGAUUGUGUCAUUGUUCCCCUCGUUAAGGAUUCAAGUGCCCUUUGGUGAAAAUGAGGGACAUGAGCAUUUUUUUGAUGGGCCAUCACACAGUGGCUUUAUAGAAAUGAGACUGCGGAACAUCAGACGGAAGCUUCAACAGAACCAGCGGAUGUACAGUUUGAAACGUCGUCAUUGUACACUGCAACCUUCUUUGCUGAGUCAAGAUGAAACUGUGCCUAGUGAGUGGUUGACCCUGAUAAAAAGGAUGCGACCGUCACCAGAGAAUUCAUCAUCAAUAAAGAGUGCAGUUGAACAAACCUUCAGUUACCGAAGGAGAUGGAUAACAACACAAUCCCCAACUGUUGCUGAAAUCUUCAAGGAAUAUCCCAGAUUUCUUGACAUGCCCACCUUGAUGGACAUUGAAUUUUCCAAACUCACAGAUGGCAAAGAAGACUUUUUUAUCCGGAAAUGGGAAGGGAGCAUAAUUCCAAAGCUCAAGGAAAUAGCAUCCUUGGAGAAGAAAAAUGACAUACAACACUUGCUGGAGAAAGCCGACAAUCAGCAAGAUGAUGAGCUGUGCUACACUAUGUUGAAGAUCCUCAUUCAUCUUCUUCCACCCACGGCAUCUGGGAGAAGUGUUGCUGGCAGUAAAUGCUGUGUGAACUCUGCAGUCUCAUACCUGUUAGAGCAAGUGCCGGCUGGUACCAACGUGACCUCCUUGCUCAGUGAAUCCAUGAAAGGGUCCCUGAAGUCAGCUCAGCCACAGUUGGUUUCCAUCGGUUCUCUAGAACAUGGAGCGCAGUAUGUAAUUGUGGCAAAGAAUGAUUCUUUUGCCCUUCCACUUGAUGUUGAAAGCCUGACCUGUGCUGUAGACAGACUUUUCAAAUUCUUCUGGCUGUGCAAUCUUCAGUAUCCAUGCCAACUGUCCUCUGUUUUUUCAUUUUUUGAGUAUAUAUAUGACCUACCUUUGACCCAGUCCUCUUGCAAACGUUCAAAGGUCAUGGAAUUGAUUGCAAAAUUGCAGUCCCGUCCCUAAUUGAAAUAAGCAUGUAUACCUGUCCAAAGUGUCUUCAAAAAGUUUCUGUUGAAACAAAGCAGUUAAUUUGGCAUUUAAGGGAGGUACAUGCACUCUCCGACAGUCACAACCUAACUUUAAUUUGUAGUCAAAAUGGUUGCCCCAGAACGUAUCAUAAUUUCAAUUCAUUUUUAAAACAUCUUAGCAGAGAUCAUUGUAACAUGAAUUCAUGCCCUUCAGUAGAGUCAGGAUGCACUGAAAACAUAGAUAUAGCAAAUCAAAUUGAUGAAAGCAGAAUAAGUAAUUUUGAAGAUGAUGUCCAAAUGUCUGAAACAGAACCAGUUCCUCAGAGCAGUUUAAGCCUAACAGAUUGUGCUGCUGUUUUUGCUGCCCGCAUGUAUGCCUCUGCUAAUGUAACUUAUACUGAUGUUCAAAAAAGUAUAACCUGCACAAAAGAAGUCAUUGAUCAUGCCUUAGGUCAUUUGCAAGAAAAGACUAAUACUUUACUAAAGAACUUGGCAGUUCCGCUAGAUAGUACUGAAGUUCAAACACUUAUGAAAGAUUUUGAGAGUACUAGAAACAUGUUUAGUGACAUAGAUACACCAUUUAAACUAAUUAAGUACUUUUCUGAUAAUUUUUCCUUUGAGAAACCAACAGAAGUGUUUCUUGGACACAGAUUAGAUUGUGUUAAAAAGAAUGGGAAAAAAAGCCAGGUGUUAGUGCCUGUCACAUGUCAGUACAUCUCAAUAAUUAACACAAUUAAAUUUCUAUUUAGCUGUGACAAAAUGCAAAAUAUGUAUAUGCAGUCUUGUGGUGGACAGGGAAAAAUGCAUGAUUAUUGUGAUGGUGUUCAUUAUUCUAAACAUCCUCUUUACCGAAACCAUCCCAAUGCAUUACAAAUUCAGUUAUACCUCGAUGACUUGGAAACAACAAAUCCUCUUGGAUCAAAAACAAAGAUUCAUAAAAUGGGGGCUGUUUACUUUGCAUUAAGAAAUGUGCCUUCAGAGUACAAUUCUGUACUUUCCAAUAUUCAUUUAUGUCUUUUAUUUAAUUCUGUUGAUAAAGACAUUUAUGGUUUUGACAGAAUUCUGGAACCGCUUUUAACAGACUUAAAAGAGAUUGAGCAGAAUGGUAUAGAGGUCAAAAUACAUGAUAAAUAUCAAUUACUUUAUGGAACGCUUUGUUUGUUUACAGCAGACAAUCUUGCCUGUCACUCACUCUGUGGCUAUGUGGAAAGUUUCUCUGCAAACAGAUUUUGUCAAUUUUGUUUAAUUGACAAAUCAAGUUCUCAAUAUAUUUUUGAUGAAAAUAACACAGAGAGACGUACAAGGGAAAACUAUGCAUACCAUGUACAACUCAAUGAUGCAAGUGCAACCGGUGUCAAGCAUAACUCAUGCCUAAAUAGCCUACAGUAUUUUCAUGUCACUGAGAAUAUUGGCGUGGACAUCAUGCAUGAUGUGCUUGAAGGAGUCGCACCUCUUGAGGUGAAAUUGAUGCUGCGGCAUUUCAUUUAUGAGGAGAAAUGUUUUUCUCUGGAACUAUUAAAUGAAAGAAUAGCAGCGUUUGACUAUGGCUAUGAAAAUCAAAAAAAUAAACCUAGUGCAAUUAUAAAUCUUAGGACAUCUGAAAAUGCUAUUAAGCAGACUGCAUCACAGAUGUGGUGUUUACUACUAGUCUUGCCUUUUCUGUUGGGUGAUUUAAUUGAUCCAAAGAGCCCACAUUGGCAUCUUUUCCUGUUGUUGCGUGAAAUAUGUGACAUCAUUUUUGCACCUGUUGUGUCAAAAGGGCUUGCAGCUUAUCUUAAACAACUAAUAAUAGAUCACCAUACACAAUUCAAGCUUCUUUAUCCUGGUAGGAAUCUAAUUCCUAAACAUCAUUAUAUGACACAUUAUUCAAGUAUUAUGACUUUAUUUGGACCUCUUUCCAAGUUGUGGUGUAUGAGGUUUGAAGCCAAACAUCACCCUCUUAAGCGACAUGCCCAAGUAGUAUGCAACUUUCGAAAUAUUUCAAAAACGCUGGCUCAUAAACAUCAGAUUCAGCAAAUGUACCACUGGAAAUUGAGCUCACCACUCAAUUUUGAAAUGACUGUGCCAAAUGCUUUCCCAGUUGUGAUUGCAUCUUUGUAUAAAGGUGACAAAUUGCUUGACAAACUUAAGACAGACUCUCAUUUUGAGACUCUCACUUAUACCAGUUCAGUCCAUGUGGCUAAUACUAUCAGUUUUUUGGGGACAACAUACAGGACAGGAUGCGUUCUGACUUUAAAAGCAGAUGAAAGGGGAGAACCAUUAUUUGGUGAAGUUAUACACAUUAUUCCCCAAAGUGAAAGAGAAUGUGCACUUAUGUUCCUGAGAGUUUUAAGAGUUAAAUAUUUUGAUGAACACCUUUUUUCCUUCAAUGUCAUCAGAACCAAAGAUUUUGACAUGGCAAAGCUGCCUGGUGACUUAAUAGAUUACAGACCUUUAAAUAUUGUAUCAUUUUGUGAUCAGCAAUAUGUAACUCCUAAAUACAAAAUUUUGUUUUAAACAUGUUGGUGGUUGAAACUGUUAAACACAUUGUGUUUUGACCAGAUUUGACAAUGAAUUGUUUUGUUAACAUGAUCACCUAUAGGUGAAUACAUAAACAGUAUUUGUGUAAUGGUUAUUUCUUUGAAUACAGUUUUUAGGUUAAUUAAAUGUAUUUUUUCUGUAUGAAAAUGAAAUGUUGGUACACUUGAGAAUAAGUUCAGAAAAUGUGGUACUUUAUAUGUUGGAAACUGUUUCAUACAUAUUUGACGUUUUAUUGGAAACUGUUUCAUACAUAUUUGACGUUUUAUUUGACUGCUUAACAGAUAUGAGUUUUAUAAUAUUUGAUGAAUGGUUUUUAUAAUGUAUGAUGUGUUGAAAUGCUUAUUUCACAAGUUUAUAGUCAGUAACAUUUGAAUGCAUUAAUUCCAUGUUAAAAAGGAAAACAAAUAAACAGUAUGUGAGCAGUAAUUGUUUCCUGUGAGAUUUCAUAAUUA